AAGGGGAAGUAUUAUAUGAGCUGGUAAAGACAGCCAUUAGCAAGCUGGAGUUGAGGUUGGACGACAUAGUUGCAGAAUGCUUUGAAGGCGCUGCAAAUAUGAGUGGAGCUCGUAAAGGGCUUGCCGCACGUAUGAAGGAGUGUUCGCCUCUUAGUAUCUACGUUCAUUGCCAUGGGCAUCGGCUUAACCUGGCGCUACAAGAUACGAUGACCACAAUUGAGCCACUUCAGAAAGCUUUAGGGGUGAUCCAGAGUCUCCAUAAUUUCUUGGAAGGAAGUCCCCAACGCCACGCCAUCUUCAAGGAUAUCGAAGUCGACGAUGACGACGACGAUGUAACACUGACGAUUAAAUUGCAGAGUGCUACUAGAUGGUCUUGUCGCUGGGCAGCUGCAAAGGCAGUGGUAAACCAAUUUCCUAGGAUCAUCGAGGCUCUUCUCUCACUCUCAAAAGAUCGCGAUCCAAAGACCUACAAUGACAGCAAUGCGCUAAUUAACUCGAUUUGUGACUUUCGAUUCGUUUUUGGUUUGAUGGUAUUAAAGGUUAUUUUGUCCAACACCGAUGGUUUGAGCAGAUGCCUACAAGGGAAGUAGAUGGAUGUCGUCACGGCAAAGAAGAGUGUUGAUGGCGUGAUCAAAACACUAAGUGGAUGUUCCACCCAAGACAAUUUUGAUCUGUUGUGGUCGCGCGCUGAAAUCAUAGCAGAUGAAAUCAAGCAACUGAUUAAGGAUACAGAUUUCAAUUUCGAAGAUGCAAAGGUACCAAGACUCCGACAGCCAUCUCGCCGGCUGCAGGCACUCGUCGGCGAAAUACCUCAAGUGAAUGCAGAAGUGGAGUACCGAGCAGCAGAAGACCACUAUCGUAUCAUAUGCUACUACCUAAGCAUUAACAAGAUUGUCGCGGAGAUGAAAUAUAGAUUUGAAGCUAAUGAUCAAGAGGUGCUAUUGGCACUUGCAGACAUUGUCUUCAGCAGCUCUCCAACCAGGGCGAAUAUUGAGUUGGUAUCAGACUUACAUGGUAUCGACAGUGAGCUUUUUGGUAGCGAGAAAAAUGUAUUUGAGAGUAUUGACGCUGAUUACCCUGAUCCUGAGAGAAAAAACGUCGCCAAAAUUGUGAGGAAAAUGUUUGAAAAUGGUGUUCAUGAAGUUCCUCCUGCUGUUUACAAAGUAUUUUCGAUUCUGGCCACGAUCCCUGCAACAUCCUGCUCUGCUGAGAGAUCUUGA